UGGCUGCGUUAGUCAUUGUCAGUAUUGUUGUACAUUGAAAAUUAAACUAUUUUCAAUAUUGAUAUAAAAUAAAUUAAUUUUGGAAGUGAUAAAACUAAGAAGUAAAUGCAACAAAUAUUUAUAAUAACUUGCAAUUUUAAUUGUUGCUCAUGAUAAAAACUGACGUACAUUUAAUGUAUUAGUUCUUUUUUUUAUAAUGAUAUUUGAAUUUUUUAAAAAAUUAUUUUGGAAAGCAGAUGAAAGUAGCAGAAAAAGAAAGGCUAGUGAUUCGUUUUUCCAUGUAGAAGAUAAUAUACAUUCAAAAAAAUAUUGUCAUGAUUUUGUCUCAUGCAAUCAUGUGAAAAUUAUUAGUGAAGCCAAUGACAGUUCUAAUAUAGAAUGUAUUAAAAUGAAUUCAAAUUGUUAUUCUCAUCCAAUACUGAAUUCUAAACAGUUUGAUAAUGAUAAUGAAAAUGGUUCAAAAAAAAUAAAAUCAUUACAAUCUACAAUAAAAACUAAUCAUGAAAAUAAUAAAUGUUUAUCAAAAAAAAACUACAUAUCUUUACAGCAGUCUGAAUCUAUAAAUCAACUUACUUUAUUUAAAACACAUAGAUUAGUUGAAAAAAAACAAUAUAGUGAAAUGUUAAUGAAUUUUAUUCCACCUGAAGUGCAAAAAAUUAAUAAGGAUUCAAGUAUAAAUAGGAAUCAACAGCAUUUAAUAAAAAUAAUAAAUUUAAAUGAAAACAAAAAUACAAAAGUAAGAUCAUCGGUUAAUUUUGAAUCUAAUACAUCAAUGGAAGUAAGUAAAAUGGAUUCUUGUAAAUCAUGGUUUUAUUUGAAUAAAUCUAAUCCAUUCAGAAUAGGCUAUCAAAAAUCUGUUACAAAUUUUAAUUUGGUAAAAGAAGAUGAAAAAAAAGAUAUUUACAUAAAUUCUGCUAUUAGUUAUAAGCCAAUAGAAAUUAUUAAAACAAAUACAUUACGAGAGAAAUUUUCAAAUAAAGAAGUUAUAAAACAAGAUUUUAUUUCUCAAAUUACAAAUAGGUAUAAUAAACGUAUGGAAGAAUGUUAUAAAGAAGCAGAAGAAUUAAGGAAAAAAACUUUUAUUUUAAAUAAACAUAAUCAAUUGACAAGGGAAGCAGCUCUUGCUGAUCAAUUAAAUCGUUCAAUGCGUUUUUAUAAAGCUGUACUUAAUGAAAAUGAUAAAUUAGAAGAAACAAAAUUACCUGAAUUAAAUAUAGAUAUGUUACAACGUAUUAAAUUUGCAUUAUCGGCCGGUCCAUCUGAUGAAAUUCUUAUACAAGGAUUUGGUUUGCAAAUUACAAGAAAAGAUAUACAAACAUUAGCUGGUUUAAACUGGUUGAAUGAUGAAAUAAUUAAUUUUUAUAUGAAUCUUUUAAUAAUAAGAGGUAACUGUGACAAGUAUCCAAGUGUUUAUGCUAUGAAUACUUUCUUCUAUCCAAAACUUUGUACUAGUGGUCAUGGAUGUUUAAAGAGAUGGACAAGAAAAGUAGAUAUAUUUUCAAAAGAUUUAAUAGUUGUUCCUAUUCAUCUUGGAGUGCAUUGGUGUUUAGCUAUAAUAGAUUUUAGAAAUAAAUCUAUUAGGUAUUAUGAUAGUAUGGGUUCGCCAAAUUAUAAAUGUUUACAAAUAUUAAAGCAAUAUUUAUAUGAAGAAAGUAUUGACAAAAAGAAAAAAACUUUUGAUUUUCUUGAUUGGAAUUUUGAAUGUAUAAAAGAUAUUCCUCAACAAAUGAAUGGUAGCGACUGUGGUGUAUUUUCAUGUAUGUUUGCUGAAUAUGUAUGUGCUAAUAAAGAUUUAAAUUUUAGUCAAGAACAAAUGCCUUAUUUUCGGAAUAAAAUGGUUUUUGAAAUACUCACAUCACAAAUAUUAUAAAUACUUUUUGUUUUCAUAUUUUUAAUACUAAAUUAAGAGUUUUUGUAUAAGUUAACCUAAUAAAUUGUUUUUUUUUUU